AUGUCGGUGCCCGCCCGCACUGUGAUAAGAGUCGCGGGAAAGUACCGAUGGGGCCGCGCAAUUAUCAACAACAGCCUUAUCUGGACUGUGGAGCGAGAUAACAUGGAUGAGUAUGGUUAUCUCAAGAGACUCAGAUCCUUGUCGAACUUCAAGUUGAAUCACUCAACCAAGAUGUUUCAGGAUGAGAAGAAAGAGCUGGCUCACGAUGCCAACGAAGUACCAGUUGGCGUUGGAGCAAUUGAAAAUAGCCAUAGCAAUCAUGCACUUCAACGACAGCUCAAGCCACGUCACCUCCAAAUGAUCGCUAUUGGAGGUGUUAUUGGUACAGGUCUUUUUCUGGGUACUGGUACUGAGCUGGAGGAUGGAGGACCCGCCGGACUACUUCUUGGAUACUGCAUCAUGGCCUCACUUCUCUACUCGGUGAUGGUAUCUUUGGGUGAGAUGGCCUCGCAAUUCCCUAUUCCCGGUGGUCAAUUCGCUCUUGCUGGACGAUUCAACUCUCCGGAGCUGGGCUUUGCAAUGGGUAUACUAUUCUGGUUCAAUUAUAUUGUCGUUCUACCAGCGGAAAUAUCAGCGGCUGCCGUCCUCAUUACCUACUGGACACCAGCAGGACAGACAGAUUCUACAUGCACGACUGGCAUAUGUAAUAAUGCGAUGUGGGUUGGAUUGAUGUUGAUAAUUGUGUACCUUGUCAACUAUGCUGGCACGCGUGUUUUUGGUGAAAUGGAGUUUUACUUUUGCUCCAUCAAGGUCGUAACUAUCAUAGGACUGAUUAUUGUGGGAAUCGUAAUCAGUGCUGGAGGUGGACCUGACCAUGAAGCAAUUGGAUUCAAAUUCUGGAGAGAUACUGGCGGUUUUGUUCAAUAUGAAGGGAUCGGUGGUGCUAAGGGCCGCUUUCUUGGAUUCUUCAGUGUACUUAUCAAUGCUGCCUUUGCCUUCAUCGGCUCCGAAAUUACUGCAAUUGCGGCUGCAGAGACUGCUGAUCCUCAAAAAAACGUGCCAAGGGCAAUCAAGAGUGUUUGGAUCAGAUUGAUUUUAUUUUAUGUCUGCAGCGCCUUUCUGAUUGGCAUCCUUGUCUCUCCGUCCGAUCCAUCUCUGAACCUUUCUUCUACGGCGGCAAAAAGUCCUUUCGUUAUCGCUAUCGAGAAUGCUGGAAUAUCCGUAUUGCCAUCUAUCAUCAAUGCCGCUCUCCUCACCAGCGCAUGGUCUGCAGGCAUAGCUGAUUUGUUUGUCUCUACACGUACUCUGUACGGACUGGCUACACGAGGCCACGCACCAAAGAUAUUUCUCAAGACUCGAAAGGAUGGCUUUCCUUGGGUCUGCUUCGUUUUCAGUGGAGUAUUCGCUCUGCUUUCCUUUAUGGCCGCUGCUGACGGCGAGGCGGGAACCGUUUUUGGAUACUUUUCAAACAUGACAGCAAUGUGUGGCAUGAUAUCGUGGACAGGCAUUCUUUGGACAAGUAUUCAAUGGCAUAAGGGCCUCAAAGCCCAGGGCAUUGACCGCAAGACUCUGCCUUAUAGAGCACCAUUCCAGCCUUACCUUUCCUACUAUGGAAUAUCAGUUUGCAUUUUGGUGAUCAUAUUUGGUGGAUUCAGUUCUUUCAUUCAUUCCUUCGAUGUCUCUUCGUUCAUCACGACCUAUUUCCCUGUACCCCUGUUUGCAGUUCUUUUCUUCGGCUAUAAAUUCUGGAACAAGUCUAAGAUGAUCGAUCCUACGGAGAUGGACUUCUUUACUGGGUCUUCGAUUGAAGUCAUCAGCACUGAGGAGCCCAAAAGUACAUGGCAGAAGAUUUCGGAGAGAAUCUAG